AUGUGUUUACAAAAAUCACAUUUAAUUUUUAAUUCUUUAAAUUAAAUUAAAAUGGAACCAGAUAUAGCAAAGGAAUCAGUGCUCAAGGAGAGCAUUCAAAUGUCGAAAGACACUCCAAUCGUCCAAGGAUAUGAUUUUAAUAAAGGAAUCAAUUAUGACGAGCUAUUGCAAAGUUUUGGAAAGUGUGGAUUUCAAGCAACGAAUUUCGGCAAAGCGACUGAAGAAAUCAAUAAGAUGCUUAAGGAUAGACAUGAAGAAUUGACAGGCGAAGAUGUCGACAGCUAUGAAGAGGAUGAGUUUAUUAAAAGAAAACAUAAAUGUACUGUUUUUCUUGGAUAUACAUCAAAUAUGGUCAGUAGCGGCUUAAGAGAAAAUAUUCGAUUCCUUGUACAGCAUAAGCUUGUAGACUGCAUUGUGACAACAGCUGGUGGAAUAGAAGAAGAUUUUAUUAAAUGCCUGGCUCCAACAUUUUUGGGAUCUUUCGAACUCCAAGGAAAGGAGCUGCGCGAAAAAGGAAUCAACAGAAUAGGAAACUUGCUUGUCCCUAAUGAUAAUUAUUGUUUAUUUGAAAACUGGAUCAUUCCACUUUUGGAUGAGAUGUUGAAGGAACAAAAGGAAAACGACAUUAUUUGGACACCAUCAAAAGUUAUACAAAGACUAGGAGAAAGAAUAAAUCAUGAAGAAUCAAUUUAUUACUGGGCAGCAAAAAAUAAGAUUCCAGUAUUUUGUCCAGCACUUACUGAUGGUUCUUUAGGUGAUAUGAUGUACUUUCAUUCAUUUAGAAAUCCAGGAUUAAUCCUUGACAUCAUCUCUGAUCUUCGGAGAUUAAAUACAAUAGCUGUAAAGUCAUUAAAUAGUGGUAUAAUAAUUUGCGGUGGUGGACUCAUAAAGCAUCAUAUAUGUAAUGCAAAUUUAAUGAGAAACGGCGCAGAUUAUGCAGUUUAUUUAAAUACAGCAUCAGAGUAUGAUGGAUCAGAUAGCGGCGCUAGAUGUGAUGAGGCUGUAAGCUGGGGAAAAAUCAAACAAACAGCAACUCCAGUAAAAAUUUAUGGUGAGGCUUCCAUAAUUCUUCCACUUCUUAUAGCACAAACGUUUGCCAAAUAUCAUUUUUGUCAAAUAUCCCCUAAAGAUAAGCAAUAAAUGCAA